AUGCCUUCUAUCCCCGCCUUCACCGCGCCGGUGCCGUGCGCUCUGCGCGGUACAUCCCGCACGGUGGCCAUCUCUCCACGGCGCGCUCUGCCGGCGCGAUCGCUGCAGCGCCGCGGCGUCAUGGCCGUCGCCAGCGGCGAGCCCGUCACGGCCGCGGAGGCGCCCAUGGGCGAGGUCGACGGCGUCGACGUUGUCAUCAGCCCCGGGGCAGACGUGGCGCAGUCAUCCAUCCAGACGCUGACCGACAUCGAGGAGAUCAUCGCGCUCGUCGACGAGUUCGACCUCAGGGACUUCCGGCUCGCCGACAAGGGCGUCGCCGUCGAGAUCUCCCGCGCGGGCGGCAGGGGCUUCGAAGACGGCAAGCUCGCGCGCCCGGUUCGCGCCGCUGAGGGGGCCGUGGUGUAUGAGACGCAGGAGCCGGGCGUGGUUUAUGAGGACGAGGCCGUGACGCACGACGAGGGCGCAGUGGUGGAUAUACCAACCGUGGAGCAGGGCAAGCCGGACCCUACCGGCGAUCCAGAGACUGUGUAUGACUCUGACUUUGUGGUCAUGUCGAAUCGUGUGGGCUUCUUUUAUAGCGGCGCUAAAAACAAGCCGCCUUUGGUUAAUGUGGGUGAUCAUGUGGACUUUAAUCAACCUGUAUGCAUCAUCGAGCAGCUGGGGCAGCAGUACGUUUAUUUGUCGGAAGCAUCAGGUACUGUUAAUGAGAUCUUUGUCGAGGAUGGUGAUGCCGUUGAAUACGACCAGAAGGUCAUGGUUAUUCGCCCCGAUUAA